GCCACCGCCACCUACGCAACACCAGACGCUCCAGCAGUCCAGCACUCGGAGCUCGCGCGCCCGACGGCCCACCAUGAUCAUCCCCAAGAAGAACCGCAAUGAGAUCUGCAAGUACCUCUUCAAGGAGGGCGUGCUGUAUGCCAAGAAGGACUACAACCUGGCGAAGCACCCACAGAUUGAUGUGCCCAACCUCCAGGUGAUCAAGCUCAUGCAGAGCUUCAAGUCCAAGGAGUAUGUCAGAGAGACCUUCUCCUGGCAGUACUACUACUGGUACCUCACCAACGAUGGCAUUGAGCACCUACGCAACUACCUGAACCUCCCGUCUGAGAUCGUGCCUGCCACGCUCAAGAAGUCUGCCAGGCCACUGGGCCGUCCAUUUGGCUCUGGCCCUCCUGGUGACCGCCCAAGGGGCCCUGGUCGUUUUGAAGACAGACCAAGGUUUGGAGACAGGGAUGAGUACCGUGGUGGCCCUCGUGGUGCUCCCGGUGACUUUGGUGGCGAUAAGAGUGGAGCUCCUGCUGAGUUCCAGCCAUCUUUCAGGAGUUCUGGCGCAAGGCCUGGCUUUGGCCGUGGUGGUGGCAGCGGCUUUGGCGCUGGCCCGACCUCUUCCAUGGAGUGAACAGUGAAGCUGCCCUUAGUUUGGACAUGAUGUUUCCCCUCCCGUGAGGCGUUUAAUUUUGAAGGACGGUUAUUAUGUACUAGUAAUGUUUUCCGGAUCGGCUAGUGCUGACAUGCAAAAAAAAUGUUCCAUAUUUAU